GGGGCGGGAGAGGCGGGGCGGCCCCCGUCCCAGCCCCAUUUAACUUCUCGGCGGCGGCGGCGGCGGCGACGACUGCGGCGCCGCGGGCUGGAGGCCGGCGUCGGGGAAGGUACGGGUCCCGGAUCCCGCACGAGGUGUGGACCCGGCCGCUGCCGUCCGCCUCUCCCCAGCGCGCGCCGAGCCCGCGCCGCCCGGCUGCAAGUCCCGGACGCUUCUGCGGCGCCAGGCUACAAGUGAGACACCCCUGGGGAGACCCGACCCCAUGGCUUCCCAGAAGAGCCCCUGGUGGCUGCUAAUGUGGCUGGUCUUCAUGCACUCUGCCCUCCUGCAGACCACAGCAGAGAAGUCUCCUGGGGCCUACUUCCUUCCUGAGUUUGCACUUUCCCCUCAGGGGAGUUUUCUGGAGGACACGACGGGGGAGCAGUUCCUCACGUAUCGCUAUGACGACCAGACCUCAAGAAACACUCGUUCAGAUGAAGAGAAAGAUAGCAACUGGGACGCCUGGGGAGACUGGAGUGACUGCUCGAGGACUUGUGGGGGAGGAGCCUCAUAUUCUCUGCGGAGAUGUUUGACUGGCAGGAAUUGUGAAGGGCAGAAUAUUCGAUACAAGACAUGCAGCAAUCAUGACUGCCCUCCGGAUGCAGAGGACUUCCGAGCCCAGCAGUGUUCAGCCUACAAUGACGUUCAGUACCAGGGACGUUAUUAUGAAUGGCUUCCACAGUACAACGACCCUGCCGCCCCCUGCGCGCUCAGGUGUCAGGCCCGGGGACAAAACUUGGUGGUGGAGCUGGCACCCAAAGUCCUGGAUGGGACACGGUGCACUGCUGACUCCUUGGACAUGUGUAUCAGUGGCAUCUGCCAGGCAGUGGGCUGCGACCGGCAACUGGGGAGCAACGCUAAGGAGGACAACUGUGGUGUCUGUGCUGGUGACGGUGCCACCUGCAGGCUGGUGCGGGGACAGUCAAAGUCACACGUGUCUCCUGAAAAAAGGGAAGAAAAUGUAAUUGCUGUUCCUUUGGGAAGUCGAAGUGUGAGAAUUACAGUGAAAGGACCUGCACAUCUCUUUAUUGAAUCAAAAACACUUCAAGGAAGCAAAGGAGAGCACAGCUUUAACAGCCCUGGAGUUUUUGUUGUAGAAAACACAACAGUGGAAUUUCAGAAGGGCUCAGAGAGGCAGACCUUUAAGAUUCCAGGACCUCUGAUGGCUGAUUUCAUCUUCAAGACCAGGUACACUGUGGCUAAGGACAGUGUGGUCCAGUUCUUCUUCUACCAGCCGAUCAGCCAUCAGUGGAGACAAACUGACUUCUUUCCCUGUACUGUGACAUGUGGAGGAGGGUAUCAGCUCAAUUCUGCUGAAUGCGUGGAUAUCCGCUUGAAGAGGGUGGUUCCUGACCAUUAUUGCCAUUACUACCCUGAAAAUGUGAAACCAAAACCCAAACUGAAGGAAUGCAGCAUGGAUCCUUGCCCAUCAAGCGAUGGAUUUAAAGAGAUCAUGCCCUAUGACCACUUCCAGCCUCUCCCUCGCUGGGAACAUAACCCUUGGACUGCAUGUUCAGUGUCUUGUGGAGGCGGGAUUCAGAGACGGACCUUUGUGUGUGUGGAGGAGUCCAUGCAUGGAGAGAUACUUCAAGUGGAAGAAUGGAAGUGCAUGUAUGCACCCAAACCCAAGGUGAUGCAAACCUGCAAUCUGUUUGACUGUCCCAAGUGGAUUGCCAUGGAGUGGUCUCAGUGCACAGUGACUUGUGGCCGAGGGUUACGUUAUCGAGUUGUGCUGUGCAUCAACCACCGUGGGCAGCACGUUGGCGGCUGUAACCCACAACUGAAGUUACACAUCAAAGAAGAAUGUAUCAUUCCCGUCCCCUGUUAUAAACCAAAAGAAAAAAGCCCAGUGGAAGCUAAAUCACCUUGGCUGAAGCAAGCUCAAGAACUAGAAGAGACCAGAAUAGCAACAGAAGAACCAACGUUCGUUCCGGAGCCGUGGUCCACCUGCAGUGCCACAUGUGGGCCAGGUGUUCAGGUGCGAGAGGUGAAGUGCCGCGUGCUCCUGACCUUCACGCAAACUGAGACCGAGCUGCCAGAGGAAGAGUGUGAGGGCCCCCGGCUGCCCACAGAGCGGCCCUGCCUCCUGCAGCCCUGUGAUGAGAGCCCCGCAGCCCGAGAGCUGGCCGCCUCCCUGCAGGAGCAGGACAGUGAGACGACCUACGACUGGGAAUACGCUGGCUUCACCCCCUGCACCGCCACCUGUUUGGGAGGCCAUCAAGAAGCCAUUGCAGUGUGCUUACACCUGCAGACCCAGCAGACAGUCAAUGACACCUUGUGUGAUAUGGUCCACCGCCCUCCGGCGAUGAGCCAGGCUUGUAACACAGAGCCCUGCCCACCCAGGUGGCACAUGGGCUCUUGGGGACCCUGCUCAGCUACCUGUGGUGUUGGCAUCCAGACUCGAGAAGUGUACUGCCUGCACCCUGGGGAGUCCCCCUCCCCACCUGAGGAAUGCAGAGAUGAGAAACCCCAUGCCUUACAAGCAUGCAACCAGUUUGACUGCCCUCCUAGCUGGCAUAUUGAAGAGUGGCAGCAGUGUUCCAGGACCUGCGGAGGGGGAACGCAGAAUCGCAGGGUCACCUGUCGGCAGCUCUUAACGGAUGGCAGCUUCUUGAAUCUCUCCGAGGAACUGUGCCAAGGACCCAAGGCCUCAUCCCGUAAGUCCUGUGCCAGGACAGACUGUCCUCCACACUGGACUGUGGGAGACUGGUCCAAGUGUUCUGUCAGUUGUGGUGUUGGAACCCAGCGGAGACAGCAGAUGUGCCAGAAGCUGACGGCCAAAGGCCGUCGGGUCCCCCUCAGUGACACUCUGUGCUGGCAUCUUUCUGGACCCCCUCUGGUGAGAUCUUGCCAGAUGCCUUUGUGCAAGACAGAAAUGAAACCAGAGAUGAAGGCCAGAGUCGGGGAGCAGGGUCCUCAGAUCCUCGGUGUCCAGAGAGUCUACAUCCAGACAAGGGAAGAGAAACGCAUUAACCUGACUGUCGGGAGCAGAGCAUACCUGCUUCCCAACACAUCUGUGAUUAUUAAGUGCCCAGUGCGACGAUUCCAGAAAUCUCGGAUACAGUGGGAGAAGGACGGCCGUUGUCUGCAGAACUCCAAGCGACUUGGCUUCACAAAGUCAGGCUCACUGAAGAUUCACAGCCUUGCGGCCCUUGACAUUGGUGAGUACCGGUGCAUCGCAGGCCCCGCACAGGAGACUGUGGUGCUUAAGCUCAUUGGCACCGACAACCGGCUCAUUGCACCCCCAGCCCUUGGAGGGCACACCAGGGAAUAUCCUGGGAUGGACAACAAUGAGGCCAAUAAUUUGGGAGCCACAUGGCAUAAGAUGAGGCUGAUGUGGAACAACAAAAACGAGCUUUAUCUGCACAAUGGCCAAAUUAACAAUCAGUCUCUCUUGAGAGCUCUGUUGGGCCACUGCAGCCCUUCUGCAGGAAACGCCAACUCCUGGGAGUUUGAAAACAAGCAGUUUGAAGCAGCAGUUAAACAGGGAGCCUAUAGCAUGGAGACCGCCCAGUUUGAUGAGUUGAUCAGGAACAUGAGCCAGCUCAUGGAAACGGGGGAGAUCAGCGAUGAUCUGGCAUCCCAGGUGAUAUAUCAGCUGGUGGCCGAGUUAACCAAGACACAGCCUGCACAUGCGCACUGGAGGGGCAUCCCUGGAGAGGCUCCUCCCAUGGCUCAGCUAAGGGGGGAGACUGGAAGUGUGCCCCAAAGCUCGAACUCCAAAAACUCAGGCAAGCUGACAUUCAAGCCAAAGGGACCUGUCCUCUUGAGGCAGAGCCAACCCACCUUGAUUUCCUUUAAUAAAACAGUAAAUUCAAGGAUUGGAAAUACAGUCUACAUUACAAGAAGGACGGAGGUCAUCAACAUACUGUGUGAGCUUGUCACCCGCAGUGAGGCCACCUAUACGUGGACCAAGGAUGGAGCACUGUUACAACCCUCAGAAAAAGUCAUUUUGGAUGGAAUGGGGAAAAUGCAGAUUCGGAAACCUACAAAGAAAGACCAAGGGAUAUAUGGAUGUGCUGUAGCUAAUCAUCUCGGUUCAGAUGUGGAAAGUUCUUCUGUGCUAUAUGCAGAGGCUCCUGUCAUCUUGUCUGUUGGAAGAAACAUCACCAGACCAGAGCAUCGCCAUCUCUCCAUUGUGAUUGGCGGCUUCGUGGAGGCACCCCUGCAAGCAAAUGUGACCAUACAGUGUCCUGUAAAAGGUGUCCCUCAGCCUAAUGUAACUUGGUUGAAGAAAGGAGGAUCUCUGAGUGACAAUAUUUCCUUGCUUUUCAAUGGAUCCCUGUUGUUGCAGAACCUUUCCCUUGAAAAUGAAGGAACCUAUGUCUGCACAGCCACCAAUGCUCUUGGAAAGGCAAUGGCAACAUCCGUCCUCCACUUGCUGGAGACUUUCUGGGAGCUUGGCAACUGGACUCAUUGUUCUGCCACGUGCGGCCACUUGGGAGCCCAAGUUCAGAGACCCCAGUGCCUGAUGGCCAACGGGCAGGAAGUGAGCGAGGCCUUCUGUGACCAGCUCCGCAAGCCACAGGCUGCGUUCCAGCCCUGUAACAUCCGGGACUGCCCCCCAAGGUGGCUCACAGGUGCGUGGUCAGAGUGCUCUGUGUCUUGUGGUGAAGGAUUCCGCAGUCGGCAAGUGACAUGUAAGCGCACAAGAGCCAAUGGAACGGUGCAGGCAUUGCCGCCGAGAGUGUGCAUCCUCAGAGACAGGCCUCUGGGGAGAAGACCGUGUUCCAGUCACCCCUGUGUUCAAGGACUCGUUGAACAAGGGAACCAGUGUCUUGGACGUUGCCUGGGUCGCACUGUGAGGACGCAGCAGCAUCACGUAAUUUGUCAGCACCGCAACAGUUCUGAGUCCGGCUGUGAUGACACAAAGAGACCCAUUGUUCGGAGGAACUGCUUGCUGGGAGCUUGUGACGCGUGUUGGCGUGCAGGCCCUUGGAAGCCCUGCACCACAGCCUGUGGCCGAGGCUUCCAGUCUCGGAAAGUUGACUGUGUCCACCCAGGGAGCUGCAAGCCAGUGACUAAGACACGCUGUGCACCGGGGAAGAAACCCACUUCCUGGCAGCACUGCCUGGGGCCUUCCUGUGAUAGAGACUGCACAGACACAACUCACUACUGUACGUUUGUAAAGCAUCUUCAUUUGUGUUCGCUAGACCGCUACAAACGAAGGUGCUGUCAGUCGUGUCAAGAAGGAUAAAACUUUGUGGGGGUCAUUAUGCUGCUGUGAAGGUAAAACAAAAAUGUAAAAGCUCUUUUUUACCCCAUGUAGCUUGAUCCAAAACAUGUGUAAUAAUACUUCUCUAAAAGUCUCUCAAUUCUACGAUCAAACCAAAGUUGAUGCAAAAUCACCACUGUUAACAUUGCAUGCUGUCAUGUUCCCAUGGCUGGUUUUUAAUUCCAACUCUUUUAAGUGAUAUAUUCCAGGACUAACAUAAAAUCCCGUAAGCAGCAGGCACGCCUUUGCGCUUGGGACCUCAGGAGACCCCCACGGUCACCAGUGCACUGUCACUAGCUGCCUCUUCCUUGUUUGUAGACGAGCACAGAGUGGGACAUCCUGAAGACCUGGCAAACACAGCAGCUGAUGGCUUCUCUCAGUUCUAGGGUUGCGGCAGGUUGAUAAGGCAUCUACAUUUUAGAAGCUCUGGCCACUAGUCGUAAGAUGUUGGCUCUGAUGGCAUUUCUAUGGAUUGUAACGUGUCAUCUGUGAGAGAGAGUCACUCUGGACAGGCUUGUAACCCUGACUGACCCAGAGGUCCUGGGGGGAAUGGCGCCUUGUCCUCACUCUUAAGAGAACCUGUGGAAGGAAACACAGAGUAAACGUGGCUGCCAUUUCACAACUGUGGAAGGAAAUGUGUGAGCGAAUGAGGGAUCUUAGAAUUCAAAGGAGAGGGAAAGUCCACCUUGUCUACUGAUUUUGAAGUAUAUUCAAAGCGUCCUUUUAAGAGCUGUGAAUGAGACUUUUCUAAGCACUAUUCUCUUGCACACAAACAGGAAAUCAAAGUCUUAUAAGACCUAAUUUAUGCAGAAAGUAAUAUUCCUAAGGAUUUUUAUUUUGGAAAAACUGUAAGAAAGUAAUGUAACUACGAAACAUGAUAGCUGACCAGAGUCAUUUAUAGUAAAUAAUUGUUUUAGUUUGAACUGAUUUUUCAGUGAAUCCAAAGUGAAUUAGGGUUGAGCUGAAAUGUACAGUUAGGAUGAGGGGUUAGAGUUGGGGUUUGGUGAGUAAGUUUAGGGUUGGUUUUAGUUUCAGGGUUGGGUUAGUUGAGAAUGGAAGUUAAGUUGGGGUUGAGGCUGGAGUUGACUUUACGGAUUAGGGUUAGGUCAGAGUUGGUUUGGGUGUGGGAUGGGGUCAGUGAUGGUGUCGGGGUGAAGAUAAAGUUUGGAGUGAAUGUUGUACGUUCUAAAGCUGGGCUCUUUCCUUCCAUCUUACCAGUUAUGGCAUUAGUUGGCACCCAGCCCCAAAUAAGUAGUCAUACAUCUUCCUUCGGGGUCACAGCUGCCUGCAGCCUGUGGCAGCAGAAUCUGCUGAGGCAGGUGUGCUGGCCCUAGUUCCUGCUCACACGUAAGUGAACAGUGGGCUCUGGCUUUGGGUGUGUCUAGACAAGCUUGCUGAGUCCCUGCCAUGUCCUGAGCACCACAGCUCUUGUUGUCACUGCAGCCUACUGACACCAGGAUGAGUGUUACUGUCCUAGAGGGUGUGGCAGUGGGGAGUGGGUAUAGGGAUGUGACGAGGACACGCCAGCCCCUGAGUUGUUCAUCACCAAUCACACUUGAUUGCUGGAGGUUUUUAAGUUAAAAGAGAGAGCAUUUGUAUAAUACUCUUUGUAUAUAUUUUUAUAUGACUUAUAGGUGCAAUAUUUUAUUUUGUACAGUAUGUAAUAAAGAUAUGGGACAUAUAUUUUUCUUAGUAACAAAAUUUUCUAUUAGAUUUCUUCAUCUUUGUAGUUAAAGUGGCUAUUUUUCACGUGCUGGUGUACCAUUUGUCUUUGAUCUCAUUCAAACGACAUUGCUGUGUACUGUAUUUUACUACUGUUUCUAUCACAUAAGAGUUCUCUGUCAUGAUUCUGACUAGUAAUUCAAAAAUAAAUGUACUUUGAUUAUUCAGUGGCAUCCUCAUAAA